UCGCAAGCGCAUCGAUUGGUCGAGCCUGAGGCAGCAUGGCGGCGCGCAUGUAACCUGGUCCGUACCCCGGAGGACUACUGUGGCGCGGGUGCAGCUGAGGUCAGAAAUCAGCAUGCUAAGAGCCGCGUGGAGGACGCUGAGUGCCGUUCGAAUCCGGGCAGUGACUCCGGCCCCAGGCUUUAGGCUGCCGAGCGGUGGGAGCGCCGGGCUUCCCUUGGAUCAGCGGGGCCUGCAACCGCGAAGUCUCCUGCUCCAGGCCGCCCGCGGAUUUGCCAGCCAGAAACCAGUCCAGCUCAUCCAAGACAAUGACCUGCCUCCUUCUACGCUGCUCAAAGACUACCAGAACAUUCCUGGGAUUGACAAGGUGGAUGACGUCGUGAAGAGACUCCUGUCUUUGGAAAUGGCCAACCGGAAGGAAAAGCUAAAAGCCAUUCAAGAACAGUUGAUGAACAAGGUUGUGGCAAACCCUAAGGACACCAGUUCCCUGGAAGCUCGAAUUGUUGCCUUGACUGUCAAGAUCUGCAAUUAUGAAGAACACAUGCAGAAGCAUCGGAAGGACAAAGCUCAUAAGCGCUAUCUGCUGAUGAGCAUCGACCAGCGGAAAAAGAUGCUCAAAAACCUCCGCAAGACCAACUACGAAGUCUUUGAGAAGACGUGCAGGGAGCUGGGGAUCGAGUACACCUUCCCCCCUCUGUACUACCGCAGAGCCCACCGCCGCUUCCUCGCCAAGAAGGCUCUGUGCAUUCAGGUUUUCCAGGAGGUGCAAAAGCUAAAGAAGCAAAAAAGGGCUUUAAAAGCAGCAGCCGCAGCCCAAAAACAAGGAUCCAUGGAGAACCCAGCGAGCCCUCCCACAGCCUUGCCAGAGACACACCAGGAAACACGCCAAGAGGGCCAAUAAAGUCUGUUAGAAUCUUU